AUGGUGCUGAGGGGGUGGGCCCCCCAACCUCGGAUACUGGGCCACGGGGCGGUGGGUGGGUUCGUGAGCCACUGCGGGUGGAACUCGUGCUUGGAGAGCAUCGUGGGUGGAGUGGCGGUGGCCGCGUGGCCCAUGCACGCGGACCAACCCGCAAACGCGGCGCCGGUGGUGGGGGUAUUGGGGAUGGGGAUUGUGGUCAAGGAGUGGGCCGGGCAGGUCGAGCUGGUACGGACCGAGGCGGUGAACGAUGCAGUGAGGAGGCUUAUGGGGCCCGGGGAAGGGGAGAGGGUGUGGAGGAGGUCGGGAAGAUGGUUCAGGCGGCCACCAAGGAGGGCAGGUCGUCAAGGCUCGAAAUGGACUCGUUUAUUGCUCAUAUCAGCAGGCCGUAGAAAGAAGGAAAAAAUUGAGAGAGUUUGA